GGUCCCGAAAUGCCAAGAAAUCAUUCUCAAGGACUUGGAUCUGGGAUUUGACCAGAGAGAUAUCAAAUUUCGUAUGGGCCUACCUUCAGCAGAAGAGCAUGGUCCGUCCGACAAAGCCCCCAAUCCAGCUACGUCAAGCUCAACACCCAACAACGUAUCGUCUCGACGUGGUCUCAAUGCCAAACUUCAGUCCCUUCCAUUCGCCAAAUUUCUCUCAUCCAAUAUGCACUGGGGUACCUUGAGCAGUGUGACCAUGGAGAAGAUUCCCGAUAUGGCUGCGCGCAUGUGUGUCGACUUCGUCCGGGGCGUGAGCGUUAUCCAUUACCAGCACCCAGUAGGGAGAGGUCUGGAGAACCUGAGGUUGAUGGAUUUCUCAUGGUCUGACUGGAAGUGGAUUUUGGAUGAUGGCAUUAGUGGUGCCGACGACCACUCCUUGGAGGGUACAGGUAUCUCCUUACCUACGCUUCGGCACCUCAGCGUGGCUAUCGAAUAUCGCUACGAGUCCGAGGCGACGAGGUCCAACAGUAGCAAGGAGAUGGUGAACAAUAGUGGCGUCGCCAGAGAGUGGACAAAUGAACGCAACCAAUGGAUGGCAGGCCUCACUGACUUCGCGAAGAAGAGGAUGAGCCGGGUGGCGGUAUUCAGAAUGUUGCAGCAAUGGAACACGGAGGUCCCUCUAUGGCUCGUGAAUGAUAAGGGAGCCGAUGUUUCAUGGAAGCAGAGAUCCGUCGAUGGGCAAAGCAACUCAGGCGGGCCCAGGUGGGACUCCGAGCCACCAAAUCUCUCUUCUGGAAGCACCGAAGCUACGGGAGCAGAAUAUCCAAAUCGAACAGUCCUGAAUAUAUCCCUAGACUCGGGAUAUAUCGACUCGUAUGCGUUUGUUCAUGCUGCAUGGAUAGCCAUUCAAGAGGAGGAAGUCCAGAGCGAAAUUGCGUAG